AUGGCGGCCAAGGCCUACAUAGACGCCGUGAAGGCGCUGGCGGAUGGGGACAUGGAGGGCAAGGACGUGGCCGAGUUGGUCUCGGGUAUGGCCGGUGGUUGGCGCGCGGAGUUCAUAGUCGAGGCAUGGAGUGCUGGAGUCUCUACAAGUCUCGGGCUGGCCACCGUGGCAACGCACACUGGUGGGAAGCGUGUGUGCAUGGUGUUGGACGAGAGAGCACAGGCUGAGUACGAGCAGGCGAUGGAGCACGCCGGAGUAUCGCCGGCGGAGGUUGUAGUUGGGGAGGGGGAGGAAAGGGUGAAGGAGUUGGAAGGGGUGGACUUCAUGGUGGUGGAUAUGAGGAGAAGAGAUGCCGCGCGGGUGCUGCGCGGUGUGAGGCCGGGACCGAGAGGGAUGGUGGUCGUGUGCACGAGAGCUGUCGGGAAGGACGGCGGCGCUGCAUGGAUGAUGGGGAGAGGGACAAGGGUGGUGAGAGCUGCGUUCUUGCCCAUUGGUGGUGGGCUAGAGAUUCUUCAUGUUGGUGUUGGCAAUGGACCUGGGUUGCAGGGUAGUUGUGGUGGCCGGUGGAUCAAGUGUGUUGAUCAUGAUACCGGGGAACUCCAUGUUUUCCGGCGGUGA